ACGAGCACUACCCACCCACCCACAACACACUACACAUCUAGUUUAACAUUUUACCUCUCCCUCUAACGAAGGACCUGCCUUCAAGCGGGGGCACGUGAUCGAGGACCUCACCCUAGACGAUGGCAAUGCUUGUCCCAUCUACAACGACAUGAUCCUGGGGCGCGAUCGUGGGCUGAACGAGAAACUGGAUGCUCAAAACGUUUUGAAUGCUAUCAUUCGGGGGCGCCUAGCUGAUGGAAAUGGGGUCUUCGGUGAGGGCAGAGGCUACUGAAACGCAUCCUCGGUUGAUCCUUGAUGAUGGCCAUCGCGCAGUCCUACGACUUCACGGAUCACAAGCUUUGUGGAGCUGCACGCUGGCCCUGGGCCAAACCAUCUUCAAGAUAUUCAAGAAAAUUGUACCGGACCUGCCUUCAAGCGGGGGCACGUGAUCGAGGACCUCACCCUAGACGAUGGCAAUGCUUGUCCCAUCUACAACGACAUGAUCCUGGGGCGCGAUCGUGGGCUGAACGAGAAACUGGAUGCUCAAAACGUUUUGAAUGCCAGCUUGGAGUGGAGGAGAAUCCGUGGGAGUUUCGGUUAUCCGCAGGCCAGCCUCUGGCGCGGACGUGUUCAACAGCUCGGCGAGCGAGUGUGUGCCAUCCGACUGAUUUGUUGCCACCAAUGACCAGACUAUUGUGUAGUUUAUAUAUUUUAUAAGGAAAUACAAGAUAAAACGAGUGCA